AUGGAGUCAGAAAUCCACAUGCCAAGUCCCAUGUGCCUCAUUGAGAACACUGAUGGGCAACUGAGAGCCAACCAGGGAGCUUUGCAGAUCCUGUCUGCCAUUACACAGCCUGUGGUGGUGGUGGCUAUCGUGGGGCUCUACCGCACGGGCAAGUCCUACCUGAUGAAUAAGCUGGCUGGGAAGGAAAAGGGUUUUUCUCUGGGAUACACGGUGCAAUCUCACACCAAAGGCAUCUGGAUGUGGUGCAUACCCCACCCUAAGAAGUCAGACCACACUCUCAUUCUGCUUGACACCGAAGGCAUGGGAGAUGUAGAGAAGGGGAACAAACAGAAUGACUGUUGGAUCUUUGCCCUGGCGAUCCUCCUGAGCAGCACCUUCGUAUAUAAUAGCAUUGGAACCAUCAAUCAGCAGGCCAUGGACCAACUGCAUUUUGUGACAGAGUUGACACAGCGAAUCAGGGCAAGAUCUUCAACUACUGACAGUAAAGUGGAAGACUCAGCUAAUUUUGUGGGCUUCUUUCCAAACUUCGUGUGGACUCUGAGAGAUUUCUCCCUGGCACUGGAAGCAGAUGGGAAACCCAUUACAGCUGAUGAGUAUUUGGAGAAUUCGCUGAAGCUAAGACAAGGUACUGAUGAAAAAACAGAAAACUUUAAUGAGCCUCGGCUAUGCAUCCGAAAGUUUUUCCCCAAUAAAAAGUGCUUCAUCUUCGACCGUCCUGCUCAGAGGAAGUUCCUUAUCCACCUGGAGCAUGUAAAAGAGGAAAAUAUGAACCCUGAAUUCCUAGAACAAGAGGCUGAAUUCUGUUCCUACAUCUUCAACAAUUCUGAAGCCAAGACCCUGUCAGGUGGCAUCACAGUCAACGGGCCUCGUCUACGGAACCUGGUACUGACAUACGUCAAUGCCAUCAGCAGUGGAGAUCUGCCCUGCAUGGAGAACGCAGUGUUGGCCUUGGCCCAGAUAGAGAACUCAGCUGCAGUGCAAAAGGCCAUUGCCCACUAUGACCAGCAGAUGAGCCAGAAGGUGAAGCUGCCCACAGACACCCUCCAGGAGCUGCUGGACCUGCACAGGAUCACUGAGAGAGAAGCCAUUGAUGUCUUCAUGAAGAAUUCCUUUCGGGAUGUGGAUCAACAUUUCCAGAAGGAAUUAGCGGCCGAGCUGGAUGUAAAACGAAAUAACUUUUGUGAGAAGAAUGAGAAAGAAUCAUCAGAUCGUUGCACAGCUUUACUUCAGGAUAUUUUUGGUCCUCUAGAAAAAGAGGUGAAGCAGGGCAUUUAUUCUAAACCAGGAGGCUACCGACUCUUUUAUCAGAAGAACAAAGAGCUGAAGGAAAAGUACUACCAGGAGCCUGGGAAGGGGAUCCAGGCAGAUGAGAUAUUGAAAAGAUAUUUAGAUUCCAAGGAGGAUGUUACUCAAGCUCUUCUACUGACAGAUCAGUCACUCACAGAAAAGGAAAAAGAUAUUGAAGUUGAACGUAUAAAGGCAGAAGCUGCAGAAAAAGCCAAAGAAAUGUUACAGGAAUACCAAAAGAGAAAUGAACAAAUAUUGCAAGAGAAAGCCAAAAGUUAUGAGGAAUUUUUGAAACAAGCGAUGGUGAAGAUGGAGAAGGAUCGGGCAGAGUUAAUGGCAGAGCACCAGAGGAUGCUUACUUUUAAACUUCUGGAACAACAAAAACUUCUCAAUGAGGGAUUUAAGGAAGAGAGUCAGAAACUUGCAAAAGAGAUCCAGUAUAUCAAAGAAAAUGCAAAAAAAUCAUCGGGCUGCAAUAUCCUCUAAAAAACCAAGCAAAGAUAUUUCUAUCCAUCUCCAUAUUCUCAGAGAGUAAUUUGAAGUGA